AAUUAUUGCUUAUUAGAUGAUAUUAUUCUUCAAGUUACUUUAUGUGCUUGUAAUCUUAAUUUCGGUUUUUUUUCUGUUUAUGGAAUUUUGUUGUUGUCGGUUCAAACAGUAAAGAAAUUAAAAUAUUUUAUAAUUUGUCUCAAUUAUAAUAUUAUCAUUAAGCUAUGACAAAGUGAAUAGCUCUGUUUUAAAAAUGCGCCGAGUUUAGAGUAAAAGUGCUUCUUAAUUUAUGCCGAAACUAUUCGUUUACCAUGAAUUUUUAGCUAAAUUAUCACAAUAUGAUGGCUGCUAUGUCUUCGGGAGGUCCGGGGGAUCCUCAUACACAAAUGAAUACGUACCGCAGCUAUGUGACCAUGCUAGCCGACCCCGGUGCUAAGGAUGAAAUAAAACUCAAAGCUGCGCAGGAGCUCAGUGAAAACUUUGAGGUCAUAUUAAGUUCACCACAGUACCCUCAGUUCCUAGAUCACUCUUUGAAGAUAUUUUUGAAAAUAUUGCAAGAUGGAGAGCCACAUUUUAUAGCUGAGUAUAAUAUACAGCAAGUGAGGAAACUCAUAUUGGAAAUGAUACAUCGUUUGCCAAUUAGUGAGACUCUGAAGCCUUAUGUUAAAAGUAUUCUAAUACUUAUGUUAAAAUUAAUGGAAAUUGAGAAUGAGGAGAAUGUUUUAGUCUCUUUAAAAAUAUUUAUGGAACUGCACAAGCAGUAUAGACCAGCUUACAGCACUGAUGUGGAUAUACACAAAUUUUUGCAAUGGGUAAAAGGUAUAUAUUCUGACUUGCCAAACCAUUUGCCAAAAAUAUUUGAACCAAAACCUACAAUACGAGUGAAGGACUUAUCUGAAGUAAAUAUAGAUCAGCUCUUGCAAGAAACAUAUACUACUACUCCAAUACAUACUGAGAAAAAGUUACUGGAUGGUAGUGUUGUUACUUAUAACCUAAUACCGCGAUCGGUAUUAUCGUUGAAAGUGAUACAAGAGCUGCCAAUUAUUGUAGUACUUAUGUAUCAACUAUACAAGCAAAAUGUCCACCAGGAGGUCAGCAACUUCAUACCUCUAAUAAUGGAAACAAUAACUUUGCAACCUGCUGCAACACAUAGACAAUCUGCAUCAUUCAAUAAGGAAGUGUUUGUUGACUUCAUGGGUGCACAAAUAAAAACGUUGGCUUUCCUCGCCUACAUCAUCCGUAUAUAUCAAGAUACUAUAGCUAAUCAUGCCAAUUUGAUGGUAAAAGGCAUUAUUGGCUUGCUGACACUGUGUCCCCCAGAAGUGGCACAUCUUCGAAAGGAGUUGGUUAUUGCAACUCGUCACAUACUCGCAACCGAUCUACGUACCAAAUUUGUUCCGUAUAUGGAAAGACUAUUUGACGAGGAUGUCCUAUUAGGUGGUGGUUGGACUGUUCAUGAGUCAUUGAGGCCAUUGGCCUAUUCUACAUUGGCAGACCUUGUGCACCAUGUACGCCAACACUUGCCACUGUCGGACUUAGCAAUAGCGGCCCACCUUUUUUCUAAGAAUGUGCAUGAUGAGAGUCUUCCAACAAGCAUCCAAACGAUGUCGUGCAAGCUGUUGCUGAACUUGGUGGACUGCAUCCGCCAGCGGUCAGAGAGCGAGGGUGCGGCGGCGGGCGCUCAGCCGCAGGGUCGACAGCUGCUCAUGCGCAUCCUCGAGGUCUUCGUACUCAAGUUCAAAACCAUAUCCAAACUGCAGCUGCCUGCACUUAUGGCUAAAUGUAAACAAACGACUCCUGGCGCCAACGGAGGUAACGGCGCGACACCUAGCACCCCAACUACACCAGGCCCGAGUACUUCCACUGUCGACAUAAAAGUAGAAGAUGAUAAGCCAACAGCUGACUUCCUUGAUAGCAUUUCGAAACCGGAGGAGAAAUCAAAAAUUGGUUUUCCAACCUCUCAAAUGAACAAUCUUAAUGUCGGUGAUUAUAGAACGCUAGUCAAAACUUUAGUAUGUGGCGUCAAAACUAUUACUUGGGGAUGCGCCUCUUGUAAAACAACGAACACUGAGGGCGCGGCGGCAGCGGCAGCGGCGGCGGCAGCAGCGGCGGCGGCGGCGCCGGCCACGUCGGCGAAGCAGUUCGACGCGCGCGAGACACUGGUGUUCAUCCGGCUGGUGCGCUGGGGGCUGCAGUCGCUCGACAUCUACACGCUGGCGGCGCCGCGGCCCGCGCAGCCCGCGCAGCCGCCCGCGCAGCCCCACGUGCGCUCCAAGGAGGAGAAGGAGGUCCUCGAGCACUUCAGCGGCGUGUUCUCCAUGAUGAAUUCACAGACCUUUCAAGAAAUUUUCACAGCUACCAUAUCUCACAUGGUUGAAAGAAUUAAUAAAAACAUGACGUUACAAAUAAUAGCUAACACAUUUUUGUCAAAUCCAGCGACUUCACCGAUAUUCGCGACUGUGCUAGUUGAGUAUCUACUAAAGCGAAUGGAAGAGAUGGGAACUAAUGUUGAACGAUCUAAUUUGUAUUUGAGACUCUUCAAACUAGUGUUCGGCUCGGUUAGUUUGUUCCCCAACGAGAACGAGCAAAUGCUGCGACCGCAUCUCCACAGUAUUGUCAACAAAGCCAUGGACUAUGCCAUGACGGCUAAAGAACCCUACAAUUAUUUUCUUCUUUUGCGUGCCCUAUUUCGGUCAAUAGGCGGCGGUAGUCAUGAUUUACUAUACCAGGAGUUUCUGCCGCUAUUACCCAACCUGUUAGAGGGAUUGAAUCGUCUCCAAAGUGGUCUUCAUAAACAACAUAUGAAAGAUUUGUUCGUCGAACUGUGCUUGACUGUACCAGUUAGACUGAGCAGUCUGUUGCCUUACUUGCCUAUGUUAAUGGAUCCGUUAGUUUCCGCACUGAACGGCUCCCACACGUUAAUAUCUCAAGGUUUACGUACUUUAGAACUUUGUGUGGAUAACUUGCAACCAGACUUUUUGUAUGAACACAUACAACCUGUUAGGGCUGAUCUGAUGCAAGCUCUUUGGAGGACUCUACAAAAUAAUGAAGUUGCAAGGAUAGCAUUCAGAGUUCUGGGAAAGUUUGGCGGCGGUAAUCGUAAAAUGAUGAUUGAACCACAAAGGUUGGAGUACCGAGAAACGGAUGCUCCACCACCAGCCAUUCAAGCUUACUUCCAAGACCAAUCAAAACCAAUCGACUUUGAAGUGGAUAAAGUGAUAGAAACAGCGUUCUCAGCGUUAAAGUCGAGUACGACCGAUCCGUUCUACCGGCGGCAGUGUUGGGAAGUGCUAAGAUGCUAUCUAGCCGCGUCGCUCAAUUUAGAUGAUGACAGACAAACGCUACAGAAGCUAUUUAAUCACCCUAGUUUUGUUGAUGGUAAGAUCCAAUCUCAGAAUGGUACACCAUAUUACAAAUGCUCCAAUUCUAUAGUAAGGAAUACUCAUCGUACGGCAUUAACUGGUAUGUUCGUGGCUGCCGCCAUUAAAGAUUUGCGCAACGAUGUACUCCCCACCAUGGUCUCGUUAGUAAGGCAUUACACGAUGGUGGCCAUUGCACAAGAGGCCGGACCGUUUGCUGGCACCGAAGGUCCCAAGGAGGGUCUCGAUGCUUUAGUUCUGGUCGAUGCUAUUGCCGUUGUUAUGGGGCAUGAAGAGAAAGAAUUAUGCAAACCAGGUCACUUGGCGCUAGUCUUGAUGAUUGAAACUGCAGCGACUGUGCUCGGGAGCAAGGAAAGAGCAUGCCGAUUGCCGUUAAUGGAAUACCUAGCCGAGCGAAUGUCGGCACUUUGCUACGAGCGAGCUUGGUAUGCCAAACUAGGCGGUUGCAUCACUGUCAAGUUUAUGUUCGAAAAGAUGGCACCUGAGUGGGUGUACAAACAUGUGUUUACCUUUUUAAAAGCGGUGCUGUUCGUGAUGAUGGACUUGACAGGCGAAGUUUCUUCUGGAGCUAUAGAUAUGGCUAUAGUAAAUUUGGAGAGAUUAGUGCGCGUGUGUGUACUAGGCCCUGGAGGGCAGGGUGUGGAACCUGACGGAGAAGUAGCAGCAGCUAAAGCCCGAGCCCUCCACGACGUACUACAAGAACUUGUGUUACAAGUGACUAGCUCUCACUUACUUGUCCGACAACAGGCAAUGAAAUCACUGGAAUUAAUAGCCGAAUUACAAAAUAAAACUGUAACAGAGGUAAUGGAUCCUCAUAGAGAGGUAUUAGCUGAUAUAAUACCACCAAAGAAGCACUUGCUUCGACAUCAACCUGCCAAUGCCCAAAUGGGACUAAUGGAUGGAACAACUUUCUGUACUACGUUGAAACCAAGGCUUUUUACCAUCGAUUUAAGUAUAAACGAACAUAAAAUAUUCUUCCGCGAGCUAUUAUCACUAUGCGAAGCGGAGGACACAAUGUUAGGAAAACUGCCGUGCUAUAAAGGCGUUAAUUUGGUCCCUCUUCGAGCAUCUGCUUUAAAAGCACUAGCGGCUUGCCAUUAUAUACAGGACAAGCAUUGCAGGGAGAAAAUAUUUCAAGUAUUAUAUAAAUCAUUGGAAAAAAAUGAUCAGGAAUUACAACAGGCUGGUUUUGAAUGCAUGCAGAAAUUUUUAUCUGGCUUCCAAAUUGAUAUGGAAAUGGUGCACCCCGUUAUGAGACCUUUGUUACUGACACUCGGCGACCACCGAAAUCUCAGCGUAAACGGCGCCAAGAGGCUCUCGUAUUUAACUCAGUUGUUUCCGUCAACGUUCAGUGAAAAAUUAUGUGAACAGUUGCUGCAACUACUCAGAAAAUUACUAGAUUAUUCAAUACAAACUGAUAGAGGUGGCAAUUUCCUUCAAAGCGUAUCUAAAAACAUGGAGAAUGAGCAAAAAAUAAUCAUUUUAAUAGGAAUAUUCCAUCAAAUCCCCGCUGCUUCGCCGCGUUUCAUAGAUGUGCUGUGUCGUCUCAUAUUUCAUACAGAGAAGGCUCUCAUGAUCGAAGCUGGCUCACCAUUUAGGGAGCCACUUGUUAAAUUUCUACUCAGGUAUCCUAAAGAAACCCUGGAUCUGAUUUUGAGUGAUAAUAAUAUUAAAGACCAACAGUGGAGCAGAUUUCUCGUGUUCCUAGUAAAACACCCGGAGGCCGGCGCCGCGUACAGGGAAACACUGCAGACGACUAAAAAGUCCCGCCUCAUGCAAUUGUUGGCGGCUAACAGCGGCGGUGCUGCGGCCAGUCUGCCCCUCGCCGAUAAGGCCGAGAUGCAAUUCCAAGCCAUCCGCGUUAUAUCACUCUUGAUUAAAUUUGACAACCAGUGGCUUGCGAGUCAGCAUGAUCUGAUUGAGCUAUUGAAACGUAUUUGGUGCAGUGAUCAGUAUCAUGAAAUACACAAAAAAGUGGAGAAUGUAGACUGCACUCAUUGGAAGGAGCCCAAACUAAUUGUGAAGAUUUUGUUACAUUAUUUCUGCCAUCAUACUUCCAAUAUUGAUUUGUUGUUCCAGUUGCUACGAGCACUGUGUGAUCGGUUUAUACCAGACUUCCAAUUUCUUCGAGAUUUCCUUGAGAACACAGUAGCUCAAAACUAUACUGUUGAAUGGAAACGCUCGGCGUUCUUUCGCUUUGUGGAGCAUUUCUCUAGUGAUACCAUGUCGCAGGAUCUGAAAGCCAAAGUACUGCAAAUGAUAUUGAUACCAUGUUUCGCGGUUAGCUUCGAGAAAGGACAGAAGAUUGUUGGCGGACCGCCGGCACCUUAUCAGGAUAACCCAGACAAUGUUGUUUCAGUAUUCAUCAACAAUGUAAUUGACCCUGAGAACCCGUUCGCUUGUUCGGAUGCUGUUCGCAUAUCACUACUUCAAUUCGCAUGUCUGUUAUUGGAGCAAGCCUCUGCUCACAUACAUGAUGCGAACAAUAAAAAACAAGGGAACAAACUGCGCCGGCUUAUGACUUUCGCCUGGCCUUGUUUACUGGGGAAAAAUUAUGUUGAUCCUGCUACUAGGUAUCAUGGUCACUUGCUAUUAAGUCACAUCAUUGCAAAAUUUGCAAUACACAAGCGAAUCGUCCUUCAAGUAUUCCACAGCCUGCUGAAAGCGCAUGCGGUGGAGGCAAGGCUGGUGGUGCGGCAGGCGCUAGAGAUUCUCACGCCGGCGAUGCCGCAACGCAUGGAGGACGGGAACACUAUGCUCACGCACUGGACUAAGAAAAUUAUUGUCGAGGAUGGACAUUCAGUGCAGCAGCUGUUUCACAUAUUACAACUCGUCGUCAGACAUUACAAGGUAUACUACCCGGUUCGCCACGCACUGGUGGGACACAUGGUGGCCGCUAUGCAGCGGCUCGGAUUCUCAGUGUCAGCUUCCCUUGAGCAUCGCCGCCUCGCUGUCGACCUCGCGGAGGUUGCGCUUAAAUGGGAGCUACAGCGCAUACGAGAUCAUACCCACGACGAUACCGUUGUUGCUACAUCCCCGAGUGGGGCGACUAAGCGUAUCUCGGAGGACAGUUUGAGCGCAGGAGAGGCACGAAAGGCGUUGAAUACUGGGUGGGCCAGUCCACAGGCCAGCACAUCACGGCUCGAACCAGAUGCCGCCAAGCCACUGGAGCGACACCACGUCGACGUCGUCGUUAACCUGCUGCUCCGAUUGGCUUGUCAGGUGAAUGAAGGUAGCGUGGCAGGCAGCGGCACGGGAGGUUCCCCCGGCGAGCAGCUAUCGAGGCGAUGCGUCUUGCUCCUGAAGGCGGCGCUCAAGCCCGACGUGUGGCCACACCUUUGCGAACUUAAACUUGCUUGGCUAGACAAAGUAUUUUUUGCGACCGUGGACACGAACGCGGCGGCAUGUGCUAAUGCGUGCACAGCGCUAGAACUGCUCGUGUUUCUACUGGGCGUGUUGAGGCGCGAACAGAUCCUCGCCGCACUUAAGCCGCUGCAGCGCGGCCUCGCUGCCUGCGUCUCGUCCUCAAACCACAAGAUUGUCCGCUUGACACACAACUUUCUGGCCAAGCUCACCACUCUAUUUCCAACUGAACCGACGGGAGCUGCCCAGUCUUCCAAGUACGAGGAGCUCGAGACGCUGUACGCGUCGGUGAGCAAGUACGCGUUCGAGGGGCUGGCGGCGUACGAGAAGUGCGCGGCGGGCGGCGGCGCGGGCGCGCUGCUGGGCCCGCUGACGAUGCUGAAGGCGUGCUGCGCCGCCAGCGCCGCCUACGUGGACCGCCUGCUCAUGCCGCUCAUGCGCGUGCUGCAGCGCAUGGCGCGCGACCACGUCGCGCCCACCCCCGACGCCGCCAUCGCAGACUUGCUCAUUAUGGCAAUUGAUUUACUCAAAGCUCGAGUCCCUGUUAUGCAAGUAGAUACGAGAAAAACAUUCAUUGGGACUAUUCUAGUCGGUCUUAUUGAAAAAACUACUGAUGCUAAGGUGAUGAGGGCAAUAAUUCGUUUGGUCGAAGAAUGGGUAAAGUGGAGGGGUACAAGUGGCGCAGGCGGUAGCGGGAGUGCGGCAGCGGGUGUUGGAACUGCACCCUCACUGCGGGAGAAAUCUAUCCUGCUAGUCAAACUCAUGCAGUACGUGGAGAAACGAUUCCCCGACGACCUCGAGCUGAACGGACACUUCCUCGACAUUGUUAAUUAUGUUUACAGAUACAUACCAGCUUUAAGGCCUCAUAGGCUAUCGGCAUACCUCGUGAACCCGAGACACACCGAGCCAAGUGAUGGAGGGCACUCUUUGAAUCGAGACGACCACCUUAAAAUGACGGAACUGUCGUCAAAACUGGAGCCGGCGUUCCUGGCCGGACUGCGGUGCCCUCAGCCGCACAUCCGCGCCAAGUUCUUCGAAGUGUUCGACCAGAGCAUUAGAAAGAGGGUUUUCGACCGUUUCCUAUAUAUCGUUUGUUCCCAGAAUUGGGAGAAUAUGGGCCAGCAUUAUUGGAUUAAGCAAAGUCUCGAAUUACUACUUGUCACAUGUGUCCCAAACACACAGAUACGUCUAUCGAACUCGAAGUAUCUGCUACCGAACAUAGCGUCCGUGAUCAACAGCGCGGACAGCGAGGAGCGCAAGUCGUUCGUAAUAUACAGCUCCGUUAAGGAGGAGUCCUCGGACGGAUUUAGUGAUUCCCUGGAUCCCGAUAAGGAGGAUGUCCUCGACAUGGAUUUAGACUCUAGCACAAAUCAAAAGGAUGAUCCCACCAAGACUGUUCCGAACAGGCAGCGGCUGCUGAACCAGAUCGUGGCGAAGCAGUCGGAAUUCGUGCGCGAGGCGCGGCGCGUGCGCGCGUCGUCGCUGGUGGUGGCGGCGGCGCAGCUGUGCCACAUGGACGACGGCCUCGCGCACCACGUCUGGCUGCGCCUCUUCCCGCGCCUCUGGGCCGCGCUCGAGGAGCCGCAGCUCGCGACGGUAAUGAACGAAGUUUUGCCAUUCAUAAUAUCGGGUAUUCAUGUGAUCCAACGCGAUCAGCCGCUCAGCGCACUUAACACGUUUAUUGAAGGACUUGCGCGAUGCAACCCGCCCGUCUACAUGAAACCACCGAUGAUGAGGUAUCUAGGUAAGACACACAAUUUGUGGCAUCGUAUGACGUUGAACCUCGAGCAGAUGGCCAUUGAUCAGAACUGCGGACGCGCCCAUCGAGAACUUGCAGAGAUAUAUGACUAUGAAUUGGACAUUUCUACUACAACGGAAGUUUUAGAUUCAUUGAGUGACAUGUAUGAACUGUUACAAGAAGAGGACAUGUGGUCGGGCUUAUGGCAAAAGCAUGCGCGAUAUCGCGAAACGAACAUAGCUAUUGCUUACGAACAGCAAGGCUUCUUCGAGCAAGCCCAAGCUGCCUACGACGUCGCUAUGACCAAGCUAAAACAAGAUUAUGCAGCUACUGCAACAUAUAACAUGCAUAAGGAAGUUAAUCUCUGGACACAACAUUGGCUCAAAUGUGCAAAGGAAUUGAAUCAGUGGGAUUCGUUACUCGAAUUGGGAUUAGGUAGAAAUUCACGGGAUCCGUUCCUUGUUUUGGAAAGUUCUUGGCGGAAUCCCAACUGGCCAACAAUGAAGGAAGCACUAGCUGAAGUUGAAUACAACUGUCCUCGAGAAUUAGCGUGGCUGGUGAACCUGUACCGCGGCUACCUGUGCAUCUGCGCGGGCGGCGAGCAGCAGCUGGGUGGCGUGGAGCGGCACGCGGAGGCGGCCGCCGCGCAGUGUCUGCGCGAGUGGCGUCGCCUGCCGCGCCUAGUCUCGCACGCGCACCUGCCGCUGCUGCGCGCCGCACACCAGCUGAUGGAGCUCAGCGAGGCCGCGCAGAUACACACCGGUCUGCUACACAGCCGGCCGACGUCGCUGCACGAUAUGAAGGCCAUAGUGAAGACGUGGCGGAAUCGGUUGCCCGUAGUUGCCGACCCGCUGUCGCACUGGGGAGCGAUCUUCACGUGGCGACAACACCACUACCAGUUCAUUGCAUCUCACUACGACUCGCAGACCGAGCAUGCCUCGCACCCCAGCAUGCUCGGCGUGCAUGCUAGUGCUCAGGCCAUAAUACAUUUUGCAAAGAUUGCAAGGAAACAUAACUUAUCAGGCGUUUGCCUAGACUCUUUGCAUCGCAUUUAUACGAUACCCAGCGUUCCUAUAGUGGACUGCUUCCAAAAGAUAAGACAGCAAGUCAAGUGCCACAUUCAGAUGUCCUGGACGGAGGGAAAAGAAGAAUUACAAGAAGGUUUAGACAUGAUAGAAUCUACCAACUUUAAGUACUUCACAAAGGAGAUGACUGCUGAGUUUUACGCGUUUAAGGGACUACUUUUAGCGCAAUUGGGACGUUCAGAGGAUGCCAACAAAGCUUUCGCGGCGGCUGUUCAGCUUCAUGAUACAUUGGUAAAGGCUUGGGCACUCUGGGGCGACUAUCUAGAGCAGAUAUUCAUACGAGAGCCGCGCCAGAUCACCAUCGGCGUGUCCGCAAUGACAUGCUUCCUACAUGCUUGUCGACAUCAGAACGAGUCCAAGUCUCGUAAAUAUUGUGCUAAGGUCCUGUGGAUGCUGAGCUAUGACACAGAUAACAAGCUGGCGGAGGCGUUAGAUAAGUAUUCUGUGGGCGUGCCGCCCGUCCAGUGGCUGCCCUGGAUCCCGCAGCUACUUGCCUGCCUUGUGCAGUACGAUGGGAACGUUAUACUUAAUCUGCUUAGUCAUGUUGGUCGACUGUACCCACAGGCAGUAUACUUCCCCAUCCGAACAUUGUACUUGACAUUGAAGAUAGAACAACGCGAAAGGCACAAGACCGCUGAAAAUAUUGCGGCACACCUACCACAUCAACAGGCCAGCACUGCUGCCGGCACCAAGGCGGAGGGCGCUUCGGCGUCUGGCAGCGGUACCACUGGUGCCGAGACUGGCCCCAUUAAAGCCACUAUGCCUAUGUGGCGCUGCUCGAAGAUCAUGCAACUACAGAGGGAGAUACACCCUACCGUGCUGUCUUCACUAGAGGGCAUUGUGGAUCAAAUGGUGUGGUUCCGCGAGAACUGGUACGAGGAGGUUCUGCGCCAGUUGCGCGCCGGGCUAGCCAAGUGUCACGUUGUGGCCUUCCACCACCACGCCGCCGUCGCAGACGCCACCGUCACGCCGCACACGCUCAACUUCAUCAAGAAGCUCGUCUCAACAUUUGGGAUUGGUAUCGGGAUAAAAAGUGUUUCAAGUUCUGUAAGUGGUGCAUUCUCUUCAGCUGCAUCGGAGAGUCUGGCUCGUCGCGCGCAGGCCACUGUUCAAGAUCCUGUGUUCCAGAAGAUGAAGAGCCAGUUCACUGCUGACUUCGACUUCACACAACCCAAUGCUAUGAAAUUACAAAAUCUCAUACAAAAACUAAGAAAAUGGGUGAAGAUCCUCGAGGCCAAAACUAAGGUUCUGCCCAAAUCGUUCCUCAUUGAAGAGAAGUGUAGAUUCCUUUCGACCUUCAGCUUAAAGACGGCUGAGGUGGAAUUGCCCGGAGAGUUCUUACUACCUAAACAUACUCACUACCACGUGCGUAUCGCGCGAUUCAUGCCGCGAGUUGAAAUCGUCCAAAAACACAAUACGUCCGCACGCAGGCUCUACAUUCGCGGCCACAACGGAAAAAUAUAUCCUUACUUAGUGGUCAACGACUCUGGCCUUGGCGAUGCGAGGAGGGAGGAACGAGUCCUUCAACUACUGAGAAUGUUGAACCACUACUUGGGCAAGCAGAAAGAGACAUCUAGACGUUUCCUCCACUUCACGGUUCCGCGCGUCGUGUCGGUGUCGCCACAGAUGCGUCUCGUUGAAGACAACCCUAGCUCAGUGUCUCUACUGGACAUCUAUCGCACAGAAUGUGCUAACAGGGGUGUGGAAUACGAUGCUCCCGUGGCGCGCUAUUAUGAACGGCUGGCGGCCGUGCAGGCGCGGGGAACACAGGCCUCACACCAAGUACUCAGGGACAUACUGCGGGAGGUCCAAGCGACUAUGGUACCGAAGGGCAUGGUGCGCGAGUGGGCGGCGGCGACGUUCGCUGCGCCCACCGACUACUGGACCUUCCGGAAGAUGCUAACGCUGCAGUUGUCCUUGGUGAGCUUCGCGGAGUAUGUGCUGCACCUCACUCGCCUCAACCCCGACAUGAUGUACGUGCACCAGGACUCUGGUCUACUUAACGUCUCCUACUUCAAAUUCGAUGUUGACGAUACUACAGGCGAAUUGGAUGGUAACCGCCCCGUACCAUUCCGGUUGACUCCGAAUAUCUCGGAGCUGCUGACAAAUAUCGGCAUCACAGGACCACUUACUGCGUCGGCCAUAGCGGUCGCUCGGUGCCUUGUUACACCCAACUUUAAGAUCCAGUCUAUAUUACGCACAAUUCUUCGCGAUGAAAUGGUGACCGGUUAUCGCAAGCGUUUAGAAGACAAAUCGGGGAUACCUACCGCAGGGACAUCAACGGAGAACAAACCUGCUGAAAUAGAUAAUGACACUAUUAUAAACAUGGUCAAUAAGGCGGUGACUGUGAUCAUGAGUCGGCUGAACUCGCUGGCCGGGUUCGAUGGCCCCGACAGCAAAGUGGCCACCCUGGUCACAGCGGCCAAUAACCAUGAUAACUUGUGUCGUAUGGACCCUGCCUGGCACCCGUGGUUAUAAAUAUUUUUUCCCAUUAACGUGACGAGUAUAUACGGUACAAUUAUUAUGUAUCAUUUUUUUAAUUGGUUUACAGUACUUUGUACCAGUACAGUACUUUACAGUAUGCAAGUGAGAAAUGGUAAAUAUGAAACAUGUAUUAUUUCUAAUAAUAAAUAAGCUUUUAACGUAGUUAGAACACAGCUGUAUGAAUGAAGUAUUGACGAUCGAAAACAAAAUGAGCUAUAGCUUAAGAUGAUUGAUAUUAUUCAUUACAUGAAUAUUUUGAAAUAUACUAUUACUGUUUCUUAACAGAUUAUUAUCUGUUUUUAUUCUGUCUUUUGUCCAUUCUGCCUUUAUUUUUAUCUGACAUCGUAGAACAAUAACUUUGAUUUACGAUGCCUUAUUGAUUAACACUUGUUUCGAGUAAACGGGCAUUUGACAAGUGAACUCAUCUACUGGUGCGAAUUUAUGAUCUCUCUUGUAAUUGACGAAUAAAUCUUAAUUAAGAAUUAUA